AUGACCUGGGCAGGAAACCAGACUCUCAUCUCCCACUUCAUCCUCCUGGGCCUAUUUAACUACUCACCACUGCAUCUCUUCCUCUUUUCCAUCAUCAUGGUCAUGUUUCUGGUGGCCCUCUCUGGCAAUGGGCUCAUGAUGUUCCUCAUCAAUGUAGACUCCCGCCUGCACAGUCCCAUGUACUUUUUCCUCAGCUGGCUGUCUCUCAUGGACCUCAUGCUCGUGUCUACCAUUGUGCCGCGCAUGGCUGCGGAUUUCCUCCUUGGCGGUGGCCUUAUCUCCUUCACUGGCUGUGGACUCCAGAUACUCUUUUUUCUCACACUCCUGGGGGAUGAAUGCUUCCUGCUUGCCUUCAUGGCCUAUGACCGAUACGUGGCCAUCAGCAACCCCCUGAGGUACUCGGUAGUCAUGAGCCAGCGAACCUGCUGGCUCAUGGUGGCAGGGUCCUGGCUCUUUGGCCUUGUGGAUGGCCUAAUCCAGGCCAUCUUCACUCUCCGCUUCCCAUAUUGUAGCUCCCAGGAGAUUGACCACUUCUUUUGUGAAGUUCCAGCUGUGCUCAAGCUGGCCUGUGCUGAUACCUCUCUCUAUGAGACCAUGAUCUACGUCUGCUGUGUCCUCAUGCUGCUCUUGCCCUUUGCUGUUAUCUCUGCCUCUUACCUGCGCAUCCUGGCGGCUGUAUUGCGCAUGCACUCCACUGAGGGCCGGAAGAAGGCCUUUACUACUUGCUCCUCCCACAUGAUAGUGGUCUCUCUCUUCUAUGGGGCUGCUAUGAUCACCUACAUGAGGCCCCAGGCCUACCACUCCUCCAAACAGGACAAGGUAGUCUCUGCUUUCUACACCAUGAUCACUCCCAUGCUUAAUCCUCUUAUCUACAGUCUGAGGAACAAGGAAGUGGCUGGGGCGCUGAGAAAACUCCUAGGAAGAGGUUCCUGUGGUGGCGGUCAGGGCUAG